ACAUUUUGUUGCAGAGACUGAGAGGAGAGGGAAGAUAACGGGGAAAAAUCUCAGAGCUAGGGUUUGGAGCGUCUUCCCUUUCCUUUUAUAGUAACUAUUUUCACGUUAUGAUAAGCUUUCCCCUUGGAUGUCAAGUCUUAUUUUUCUGUAGAUCUCAGAGGAAAUCUUAGGUUUUUUUUUCUAAGGUUUUCACUGUGAAAUCAUUUUGACAAUCAUUCUCUCUGAUUUUACUGGAAUCUCUGUCUCUGUAAUCUUCUUUCUUUUUCGUUAACUUCUUCACUAGAUCGAAUACUAGUCAGGGGCAUUGAGCUUAUUCAGCAUAGAGAAUCUCUGCAUUUCUUUUCUGGACUUACAAUGAUGCCGUUUUUGUAUCAAAAGUGAGAGCUUUUGCCCAAGGAGAUCUGUCUCUUGCUCUUUUGUUUCCAGGUUUGGUAUGUGUUCCUGAUAAGCUUCAGAGCCGGUUCAAGGUUUCAGUAAUGGAACUAUUAGAUUCCAAGUGGAUAUAAGAAUAUAUUCAAGUUUAUUAUGAUGUAAGCAGGUUCGAGUUUAUCAUGAUGUAUGAAUCAGUUGCUGAAGUCCUAUACCGAUGUUAUUUUCGUUUCUCGGAUUUGCUUGUGUAGUUCAUUCAAGUGAUCAUCAUCAAUGGAGAUAGAAGAUUUGUAGUGGUUAUGAGGCAAGAUCUGAACUUUUUGAUAGUAGAUGGAUUGGUAAUGGUUCUAAAGCAUUGAGUCGCUCAUCUCCUUUUCUGUAUCUUUUAACAGUAAUCAAGGUCAAUCUGGCUCUGAAAGAUUAGCAAUGGAUUUUUGAGUAGAUCCAUCUGUUGUGCUCUUUAACAUUAUUUCAGGCCGCAAUAAUUUGUCUGGUGCGAUGAGAUGAUUUUCAGAGCAUCUCCUCCCUGCAUAUUUCUUGUUUCAAUAGAUACGAAGUUCAGCGCUAGGGAUACGUAGACUAGAUUCAAGUGGAACCGGUGCAUAUUGUUGUGCAAUACUGUAACAUUAUGACUUCAUUUCCAGAAGAGGUUCUUGAACAUGUAUUCGAUUUCAUAUCUUCACACAAGGAUAGGAACUCUGUAUCUGUGGUUUGUCAAUCUUGGUUUAGGGUUGAGAGAUGCUCACGGCGAAAUGUAUUUAUAGGGAAUUGUUAUGCCACUAACCCGGAGAGGGUUAUAUCUAGGUUUCCUAGGGUUAAGGCCCUAAGUUUAAAGGGGAAGCCGCAUUUUGCUGAUUUUAACCUUGUUCCUCACGACUGGGGAGCUCAUGUUUUACCAUGGAUUGAAGCCAUGGCCAGGAGUUAUCAAUGGCUUGAGGAGCUUAAACUGAAGAGAAUGUUGAUAACUGAUGAUUGCCUUGACCUCAUUUCCCAUGCCUUUCCAAAUUUCAAGGCUUUGGUGCUUAUUUCAUGUGAGGGGUUCUCGACAGAUGGUCUGGCUUCCAUUGCGGCAAACUGCAGGAACCUUAGAGAGCUUGAUUUACAAGAAUGUGAGAUUGAAGAGAAAAACACCCCCUGGCUCAGCUGCUUUCCUGAGACCUGCACAUCCCUUGUCUCUCUAAAUUUUGCCUGCCUCAAAGGAGAGGUGAACCCAGCUGUUCUUGAGCGUCUUGUAGCAAGAUGCCCUAAUCUCAAGAGCCUAAAAAUGAAUCGCUCAGUGCCUUUGGAGAUGCUCCAUAAGAUCCUUGCUCGAGCGCCCCAAUUAGUGGAACUUGGUACUGGAGCAUUUACACAGGAACCACGUUCCGAGCAUUAUAUCAAGCUUUUCAAUGCUUUCCACAAUUGCAAGAAUAUUAAGAGCCUUUCUGGUUUUUGGGAGGUGGCCCCAGUGUAUCUUCCGUCCAUUUACUCUGUUUGUGCGAACCUCACAUCUCUCAACCUCAGUUAUGCAUUGAUCCAGGGCCCAGAACUCAUCAAGCUUAUUCAACAGUGCCACAAGCUCCAACGCCUCUGGAUCCUGGACUUCAUAGAGGACAAGGGUCUUGAGGCAGUGGCAUCCACCUGCAAGGACCUUCAAGAGCUGCGUGUCUUCCCCUCCGACCCCUUUGGCCACCACCAACACCCCAACCCCUAUGUUACCGAGCGGGGCCUUGUUGCUGUUGCUCAAGGCUGCCCCCGCCUGCAUUCCCUUCUCUACUUCUGCCGCCAGAUGACCAAUGCUGCCCUCACCACCAUCGCUCGCUCUUGCCCUAAUUUCACCCGCUUUCGCCUUUGCAUCAUCGAACCUCACACCCCCGACCACUUGACAAGGCAGCCCCUUGACGAAGGCUUUGGCUCAAUUGUUAGAGAAUGCAAAUCUCUCCAGCGCCUCUCUGUCUCUGGCCUUUUAACUGACCAAGUCUUCCUCUACAUUGGUAUGUAUGGUAAGAAGCUCGAGAUGUUAUCCGUAGCCUUUGCUGGUGAGUCAAACAAGGGGAUGCAAUAUGUGCUUAGAGGGUGCUCAAGCUUGAGGAAGUUGGAGAUUAGGGAUAGUCCUUUUGGGGAUGAAGCUUUACUUACUGGAGUGGGGAAGCUCGAAACAAUGCGAUCCCUUUGGAUGUCGGGGUGUGAGGUGAGUUAUGGGGGGUGUAAGGAAUUGGCGGAGAGAGCGCCUGGUUUGAAUGUGGAAGUAAUGAGUGAGAGAGAGUGUAGGUUUAUUGGGAGCCCGGUUAGGGAGCAUAGGGUUGAUAAGGUUUAUGUGUAUCGAACAUUGGUAGGGCGAAGGGAGGACAUGCCAAACUUUGUAUGGAAGGCGUAGAAAGAGAGCCUAGAGAAACAGGGUAUGCGCAUUAGUUGAUGGCUGGGAUGUUGCUACCCUCUUUACCCCAGGUUUGUAUGGUCGGCUUCUACUUUAGUUUUGGUUCUUUUUUCUUAUUUUUUUCUUAUUCCUUUCCUUUUCAUUUGAGCAGUUUGUGGGAAUGAGGGUGGAGGGAUUGGUAUCUUAUUGUAGCCAAUGUAAUGAUUUAUCCUCUGCUUAUCUCUCUCUUGGGAGGAAAAUAGGAAUUUCUGAUUGUGGAUGGUAUUAGGUCUCUCUCGUGAGAAUUUUCAUUGUGGUGUUUUUGCUAGCACCCCUCUAUCUUUCAUGAAGGACCCAUGUUGGAUAUUUUAACCUGUCUCCCUUACUGAUUCCUAAUAUAGUUUUGGAGCAAUCUACGUCUUCUGGGAGCUAGAUUAUGUGAAUUUUUUAGAGAUUUAAGCCGGUUUCACCAUACCUCACAAAAAUGGGAAAACUCAGGAUUGUGCUCAUGGUUUGGAGUAUAAUUGAGAAUAUGAUUUCUGGUAUCAGUGAGAAGGGUGAUCAGCUGUGGGUUUCUGAAAUCUGUUGUGGUUGGGAGAGACGCCAUGGGUAAAAAUGUACCGGUAGUGAGGAGUUUGUGACUGAAAGAGUAAAUGGGAUUUGGGUCAGUGAGAGAGUGGUGAAAGGUGGCUGGCCUUCCGACUGAAUGCUUUUUUGUGUAGGUUGGGUCCUCGUGUCCUCCAUCAUUUCUUCCAUUAUCCAUUUGGUUCGGUCACGAUCAGAGCUUUCCUUUUGUUUCCUUUUACCUCAUUGAAGAGAGAGAGAGAACUAGAGAGAAAAUGGGGCAGCUUUUUAGACUUGUUUUUAAUGCCUGUGGACUCCAUGAUAAUUAAUUUACUUGCUUGACUAGAUCUCCUGAACCUUGACUUUAAUGGAUAAAUGAAGAGAUUUCGUGUCCUU